ACCAGAGCAGUGGGGCGUGAGGGAGAAGCGGGGAGACGCAGUGGUGACGGCGGCAAGGCUGCCGGACACAAACAUCAUUUUAAAAAUCCCAGGAACCAGAUGUAACAAUGUGAAAGGAAACGGGUGCACUUGCUAUUAACACUAUUUUAACUAACCCAGUAUAGCCGAGCUAUUAUCUCAACGUAUAGUCAACAGAACAUGUCAUCGAUGACAUACUUUGUACCCUUCUGUUCCUGCUAAGUCUUCCAAAGCCAGCGCAUGCUCUGCCUCGCGGGCAUUUCACAGUCGGGGCUCCCCCCAUCCGAGGGCUCCCCAGAAGCGGGAACAAGCAAAGGGGCGCCCAAGGCAGGGGCAGCAGAGGGAUGGGGCUGCCUGUGGGGCCCGGCUCUCCGGGGUCAGGAGUGAGGUCUGGGCAGGGGUCUGCUCAGGGACAGAGGUGCUGAAGCAGGCUGGGGCCAGCGUGGGGGAAGGAGGCUGGGACGACUCCCGGCGGAAGAAAUGUCCCUCGGCGCUAAAUGAGGAGCUGGGGCCGGCUGCCCUGCGUCCCUAGCCAGACCCCUGGAGGGGAGCGUCCCUUAGCCCACAGCCCUCCCCCCAGCUCUGCCCCGGAGUGACUGGAGUCUCAGUAAUUUGCUCCGCCUUGCUCUGCGUCUAGUCUUCUUUCAAAGCACCAAUCAGCAGGAAACAGAAAAUUCUGGGGAAAUAGAAACUACCAGGAAAAGGGUGGAGCUACUGAGCUCUGUCCCAGCUUUCCAGGGGCCCCUUCCACAGCCGAUCCAGACUCGCCAUCAUGAGCCGCACUUCCCAAACCGUCUUCACUCGCGCCAGCGCUGGCCUCCCCCCAUCCUAUGAAAUCCUCAAGGAGGAGCAUGAGGUGGCCGUGCUGGGGGCCCCCCACAGCUCUGCCCCGGCUUCCACCACCGUCAUCAACAUCCACAGCGAGACCAGCGUGCCCGACCACGUCGUCUGGUCCUUGUUCAACGCGCUCUUCAUGAACUUUUGCUGCCUGGGGUUCGCGGCCUUCGCCUACUCCGUGAAGGUGCGUGUGGACAUAUGGGGGUGCGGGUAUGUGGGGGACCCCACGGAAAUGUGUGUGGGCAUCUGGGGUGCAGGUAUGUGGGGUUCCCCGUGUAAGUGUAAGUGCAUUAGGGGCUCCAUGUCGCACCGUGACUUGGGGUGAACUUGGUGUGCCCGUCCAUGGAUUGGGGGGGCCUCCCCAGAGGGUGUACAUGAGGAGGCUGCUUGGUGCACAAGGAUGUUAGCCCUGCCCAGGGACUCUCCCUCAUGGCCUCCUAGAGAAUGUCAAGCUCACUUCAAGUUUAGGGUCUCCUGGCUGCCCAGUAAAUACCAGAGGGACCCACAGGGGACCGUGUACUCCUGUGGGGUGAGCGCCCAGUGCUGGGGCCACAGAGGAUGUUGGGCGGGUCCUGGAGCUCCCAGAGCUGCUCAGUGUCUGAGAGGAGGUCCAGACCCCAGAGGUGACGGGCAGGAGGGUGCAUGGCAAUCUGGGACCACCUGAGAGUCUCCAGCUGCACCUGGCUCUCAGCAGGACCCUCCCCC